AUUGACAGAAAACAGGCCAGCCAAAGAACCUUUUGAAGAGGAGACCAUGGCUUGUGUUACCUUGACAAUAAGGUGCAAAGUCUCGGCCGCUAGGAUCCUGCGGUCCAUCUGCCUUGUUUCUUCCAGAAGCUUCAGCCAAGGCAAAACCUCUUUGGCAGCUCAGAAUUUUACAGAUUACAAAUCCAUUUGCGACCAGUAUAAGCCAGAGGUGCCGGAAUAUUUCAAUUUUGCCAAAGAUGUGGUGGACAACUGGGCCCAGUCAGAAAAGGAAGGAAGGCGUCCCCCCAGCCCUGCUCUUUGGUGGGUCAGUGAGCAAGGAAGCCAAGUGGAGUGGAGUUUUGUGGAGCUGGCCUUGGAGUCCAAAAAAGCCGCCACGGUGCUGUCCGAGCAGGGCGGCCUGCGGGAAGGAGACCGAGUGGUGGUGAUUCUCCCGCGCGUUCCCGAAUGGUGGCUCUUGAACCUGGCUUGCAUCCGAACAGGUGAGAAGUAA